AUGCAGCCACGGGGCCCCUUCACUGGACGGCUGGGCUAUGCGUGCCUCAACACCGUGCUGCGCGGCCAGAAGCCACCGGUCUUUUGCUCGCGCAACGUGCGGAUAAAGACGAUCGAGGAGAAGGGCAUGGACUAUGUGCGGGACCUUGCACGGGCGAACGUCGCUGAUCUGAUCCCCAUGAUCGAGUGGUCGGCAGCCAACAACAUCCACUUCCUGCGCCUGUCGUCGGAGAUAUUCCCCUUCGCCUCGCACCUGCAGUACGGCUGGGACAUCAGCUUCCUGCAGGCCGAGCUCAAGGCCGCGGGCGAUGUGGCCAAGCGGCUGGGCGUGCGCCUGACGAUGCACCCGGGCCAGUUCUGCCAGCUCGGCGCGAAGAGCAGCACCGUGCUGGAGGCUAGCUUGCGCGAGUUUGAGCAUCACUGCAAGACCCUCGACCUGAUGGAGAUGGGCCCUGACUCGAUCAUGAUCCUACACGGCGGCGGCACGUAUGGCGACCAGGCAGCGACGCUGGAGCGCAUCGAGAACACCAUCACGACGCGCCUCUCUGCGUCAGCUCGUGCCCGUCUGGUGCUGGAGAACGACGAGCUGUCGUACUCGGCCGAGGAGCUGCUGCCGCUCUGCGAGAAGCUUUCCGUCCCGCUCGUCUUCGACUGGCACCACGACGCACUGCGCCCUUCGAGCCUGACGCCGACGGAGCUCAUGCCGCGCAUUCUUGCCAUCUUCCACAAGCGCGGCAUUCGCCCCAAGUUCCAUCUCUCGGAGCCAAGAGCCGGUGCCAUGACUCUGCGCGCAAGGCGAGCACACUCGGACCGCUGCGGACAGCUGCCGCUCGAGCUGCCGAGCGACGCCGACUUGAUGCUAGAGUGCAAAGACAAGGAGCAGGGCGUGCUGCAUAUGUACCGCAUCUACAAGCUCUUCGAACCCGACGUCGCCUCGUUGCGACCCGAGGCCGACGACGCGACGACGCGCACGAGUGGCCGGCGCACCAAGCUCGACGGCAGCGGAGGCUCGUCGACGUCGCCGCGCAAGAAGGCCGGUCCGACGGCCAAGGAGCAAGAGCGCUCGCUCAUUGCUCGCACCAUCGCCAAGGCGAAGGAGGUCGCUGCCCGCACGGGACGCCCGUACACGGGCCCGCCGGACGAGGAGGACCUGGCUCGCUUGCGCCAGGCGGAGCUGAGCAGCAGAGACGUGCUGCUCGACAUGCGCAAGCGCGCAGACGCUGUCCGCGCUGACCUCAAGGCCGGACGCCCGCGCACGUCGACGGCGGCCGAGGACCUCGAUGAGGCGGGUGCGCUCGCUGAGGAGCCUGAGUAG